GUUUGUCUCACCUUUUAAAUGACUGUUUCUCUAUUGUGAUAACUUAGUCGUACAAGCGCAUUUUACCCGCAUUAUGAUACAAAAAAUAGACAAGACUAUAGCUAGUGUUUGUUUGAAAAAGGGCAAGUACCUGUUGGGUACCUGGCUAAGAUGAUAAGACAGCUCUGAUACUUUCUGAAAAAAGACAUUAGCUGAUUCAGGGUUGUAAUUCAUUCUGUGAGGUCCAAUUUUUCGAUAUAGAGUUAGAGGAAGUGUUACAGGUGAUGGACUACCUGGUGUCUGGAGGUAAUUCCUACCUUUAGGGUACUCUUUUCUGUCCUUCACUCUCCCUAGCUUCCUGAAAGAAUUCUGAGAAUGUUUUAACGCUUGCUGGUUUGAAAAUAAUUCACUGACCGGGUACAGUUUUUCCUCCAAUGUCAUGUCAUUGUUCAGCCUGCUAGGCUUAAUCUCCAGCUUUUUCUAAAGAAUGUUUGUGUUUCUUUGCCAAGUACUCAUGGAAACAAAAUUCUGGGCAAAAACGGCACCGUGUCUUAGAAUACCUAGCACCCCUGAGUGCCCAACCUGAUGGUGCUUAAUGAAUGUGUUGGUUUAAAGCUCUCUCUCUCUCUCUCUCUCUCUCUCUCUCUCUCUCUCUCUCUCUCUCAGCAUUGUGUCUGAAGUUGUUUGUGGCACUGUUUGUUAAACUUAAUUCAUGUUGAAACAUAUGUGGUUUCAGGCCGUUCUGAAGUUAUGUUAAGUGGGCAUACCAUUUCACUAAGACGCUUCAUGAAUUUUGUUUUUUAUGAGCUAUUUUGUACGUUUCAUACUUUCAUUUAUUGAGGCUUAUCCUAUCUGAGCCAUGACUGUUGAGUCUGCAUUCGAUAGGUUGAUGAUAACCUUUACUCUACAAUCUGUGUCAGUCAGCAUUGUUCUGGAGGAUUCUUUUGUUUUGCUUGUUUAUUUUUCCAACUGCUUUUCAUCUAAGCCAAUUUCAACACACAUUGGGACAGUUUGACAGAUCAGGUCUUAAUACUGUAAUUGCUUGGACCUCUUUGUGUCUGGGUAUGAGGUUAACUGGUUGAUAGGGAGGAUUUCUAACUUACUGUGUGCUUUUAAUGACCAAUUGAAUGAAGGAUGGGAGCAGGUGUGUGAGGGCUUGUGUGUUUGUGCUACUAAUCUUGCCUAAGGCCAUACAGGCCCCUAUUUACUGUUGACUGUUUCAGCAGCGGUGUUUUUCCGUACUCUCACAAAAAGAAAGACCUACGGCCUCUUACAUUGUCAGAGAUGGCAGAUCAGAGGACAGGCCUCUCUUUUUUCUUUAUUUUUGGUCUUUUUGUAAAGUGUACACACACUUUGUGAGGCAGCCAUCGUGGUAAUGGUUGCUAGGCUUCAGCAUUGACUGCCUGUGCGUUUGUUCACUGCGGCACCAUGAGAGAGCAGCUGUAGCAGAAAGGGUUGAGGAGCACUUUGCAAAUAUUUACAUCGGAAAUAAGGACUGAAAAUACACCUACUCUGGCUUGGGCGACAAUCCCCGGUGGUAGGCAAAUGGGCCUCGGUGGCGGGAUGAUUGAGACGAUUAGCGAGUGGUUCUGGUGGGACCGUCUCUGGCUUCCAUAUAACCUCACAUGGAGCGACCUGGAAGACAAAGAGGGGCGUGUCUAUGCUAGAGUGUCCCACCUUUAUAUCACAGUGCCCCUCGCCGUUGCUUUCCUGGUAGUCCGAUACCUCUUUGAAAGGGUUAUUGCGACACCAUGGGCUGCCUGGCUGGGAGUGAAAGAGCCGGCGAGACUCAAAGUAGCACACAACCUGGUGCUUGAAGUCUAUUUCAAUUCUCACUCCAAAAACCCACGACAGGCAGAUAUCGAAGGACUGUCCAAGAAAUGCAGCUUGACGGCCAGACAGGUGGAGCGCUGGUUCCGUAGGAGACGCAAUCUGGACCGACCCGGAGUCCUGAAGAAGUUCAGAGAGGCCAGUUGGAGAUUUGCUUUCUAUUUAUGUGCGUCCAUUGGAGGACUAGUGGCUCUUUACGAUAAAGAAUGGUUUUAUGACACUCGACAGAUGUGGGUUGGUUACCCAAAGCAGUCGAUGCUUGAAUCUCAAUAUUGGUACUACAUUCUGGAGAUGAGCUUCUAUUGGUCACUGCUUUUCAGCAUCACAUGUGAUGUCAAGAGAAAGGACUUCAAGGAACAAAUUAUUCACCAUUUGGCCACCUUGAUCCUGUUGAGUUUCUCCUGGUGUGCAAACUACAUCCGUGUUGGCACCCUGGUCAUGAUUGUGCAUGACACCUCCGAUGUUCUUCUUGAGUCUGCCAAGUGUUUCAAUUAUGCCAAAUGGGAGAAAACCUGCAACUCACUCUUUGUCGUGUUUGCCAUUGUGUUCAUGAUCACCAGGCUUAUAAUAUUCCCCUUCUGGGUGAUCCACUGCACAUGGGUCUACCCACUGGACCACUACCCCCCUUUCUUUGGAUAUUACUUCUUCAACGCCAUGCUUGUGGUCCUAUUACUUCUCCACAUCUUCUGGGCCUACCUCAUUCUGCGCAUGGUGAAGAAGUUCCUCUUUGGCAACUUGACCAAAGAUGAAAGGAGCGAUAAUGAAGAGGACGAGGGAGAGAGCAGCCUGACUGAGGACUAUGAUGGACAGCCAAAGGUCACCAAUGGCUCCAGUGUUGGGGGCUUCGCAAACCAUCACUGAUCACCCCCCUGCCCCCCCCUCCCCUCCGAGUGCCAGCUUCAGACUGGCACUCAGUGCCAAGUCUUUUCGAUGGACUGUGGAACACCAGCGCCUUAUGAUGAAGAAAAAAAAACGAAUAACCCACAAAACAAAUACAACCGCUUGCAGGCAAACAAAACAAAACGAAUCCAUUAUUACUCGAGAAUGGGCCAGCAUUUUGUCAAAAUCACAUCUUUCAACAACAUUCAGAAAAAACAAAACCCCACAAUACUUUGGGAGUUUCCUGGGAGACGUUUUGUUUCUCAAGAGACAUUGUGUUUCUUGGCACGCUGACACCCGAUGCUCAUCUCUUUUAACGAAAACAGUGUUGGUAAUGGCACAACAUCACAUGGACGAGCUGAUAACUGAGCAAGAACAGAGAACAAAUAAACAUCAACUGCUGUUUUUCUUCAUCAGUCCAUCCAAUGUGUUUCUCAUUGUUGAGGAACACAAACGCGCCCCAUACGUCAUUACAUUUGCCCUGCAUCAUUCAUCACGGCCGGAUCCUCAUGGUCAGGAGCCGUAUCAGCAUGGUUCAUGUGAGCCUCUGCAGGCAAGAGGAAAUUACACAUAGACCAAACGAGAUGACAUUUACAUUUUUUUCUCCCAGAUAUAUGAAAAUAGCAGUGUGCAUUUCCCCUGUGUAGUUUGAGCCCUGUAUCUGCACUCUGUGAAAUGCAUUACGUUGUAGUGGACAGAAUCCAAGCAUGAGGUCUCUUCCACAUAUGUUCAAGUACAGCGGAGCCUUGCUCAAAGCGUGCUCACAGGCUCUGAUGGACACCAGCGGUGGUGUCUUUUGAAGAUGCCCUGUCAACUUUUCUCUGCUGUAAGGAACAUUUGCUCAUGUAUUCUUUAAUUCAGCCUGAGUGUCUAUAGAAGGGCAUGAGCUUUUACAUAAUACGUGUCCAUGUGACUCCUUAAUGAAAUGCAAAUAAUGUCCCAGGAUUCUGUUGAUGUUAUUGAAAUGGAUGGAUGGAGAAUGGAUCAUUAUGAAGAAUUAUGAAGGUGGAUUUGAUAAAAGAUGCAUUUUGUAUUUUUCUGAAAGUGUUGAUUCACUUUAAAAGAGCACUGUACAAGUCCAAUACAUUUUGGCAUAUAAAACAUUUUCUUACAUUGCUAAACUUUUUUUCAUGAAAUAGUUGGAUUAGAUGACAAUGAGUCAGUGAUCGAGUGGUUGCAUCAGUUGUACAGUUUGAGUGUUGAUUUUUUUAUUAUUAAUUUAUUUGAGAUGUACAGUCUUUUGAAAUGUCCUCAUCAUUUAAUGUUUGAUAAUGGUUCUAAAGUGAAGUGAGGUAAACAUAUAAUGUAUGGAUGUUUUUCUUCAAAGGAAUCAUCCUUUAAUUAUGAUUUCAGGCUUAGUGCUUCUUGUGAUUAAAGAUUUGGUUAUUCA